CUUUGCUGCUCACAAAACGCCUGCUGUGUUUGCCUACUGAACAAAAAUAUUGCUACGUCUCGACUUCUUUGACACUUUCUAUUUUCUAAUUGAAAACAAAAGAUUAAUGCCUCAAGGUUGCAGGGCUGGCACUGCAUCUCUUGUGGGAAUGGUAUUGAAUGCUAGACUCUGAAUGGCAGUUACUCUGGGUAUUGAAGCAUCCACACAUGGGCAGCUCAGUGUCUUACGAUCCUCUGCUUCAGCGGGCAAAUGAUUUCACUCUUGGGAGAAAAGUGUGGCUGAGAACCUGUGCAUGGGUAUUACAAUCAAGCACUUUCUCUGUCAUCCUGAGGUUCCAUGGCUACAAUCCAGACCCUGACUCUAGCCAGUGAUUCCACCACCAGUCAUUGCAGAGACGUUUAUCCUCUCUCCCCUGCUGACGAAAAGUACAUUAUGGGAAGCGUGGGCAGCCUCGUGGCUGAGAAGUCUGAGCUGCCAGGUAAUGGCCUGAAGAGGAAUGGGAACACUUACAACCUGCGGCAGCAGGACGGGCUGUUCAAAAAAGGACUGAGCCAAAAGGAGCUGCUGAACUAUCUGAACAGCACGAAGAAUGGAUCGAAGACUGAGAAGCGGAUCGCAUCCAGCAGCUCCUCCAUGGACAGGGAACGCUGUCACAAGGUCCAGCAGAAUGAGAUUUUUGGGAGAUUGUGCUAUAAAGAUGGGAAGAAAAUCGAUUUGACGAAGAACUCAUUUCCUGUUGGAGGGAAAUUUGAAAAGUCCCGUUUCCGACCAUCUGCCUUUAAGCCUGUCGUCCCAAAAAACUUCAGUUCGAUGCAGAACCUGUAUCCGCCCCAGAGUAAGGAACUGUCUGACAGCACAGCCAGUCUCGAUGUCUUCAGUAAGACUGAGCUUUCGCCACUGAGGAAUAGGAGUGAAAAGAAGGAUUACUUCAGGACUGUGAGUCAAGAGGAAGACAUGUCUGACUCCGGGCGGAACUCCAUGACCAGCCUUCCUCCCUGUGGAACAGGCGUCAAACAUCACGUAGGCCAGAUAAGUGCCUCUAUGAGCCAAAUCAACCACGUCGGAUCAAAUUGCGUUGACGGGGGCUCACUGAGAUCCAAGGAUGCGUCCAACUGUGACAGUGGACGCUUUUCCUGCAAGAGUAUGGCUGUGCUAAACAGGCUGAACCCUCUGGGUAACAUGCCCCCAUCUUGUGAGCUCUCGCUGUCAAUGGAGGACUUUAUGCAGGAGCUGGAGGACCGGCUCCAUGAGAAAGAACUGGAGCUGAAGCAGAUGAGAAAGAAUCUAAACGAGAGUGAGGACGCCAUUGCCCAGGUGUUUGAGGAUAAGCAGAGGCUGUGGGAGAAGGAAAUGGAGGAGUUGAAGCGAGUGUAUGCCACAAAACUCCAGCAAGUGACCCAGCAGGCCCAGCAUACCCAACGGACCCUCCAACUCCAAGUCUUCAAGGUCCAGCAGGAGAAGGAGAAGCUCCAGGAGGAUUUUGACAAACUCCUGGGGGAAUGCGAGGGGCUGAAAACCCACUGUACGUCUUACAAGCAGGAACAAGACGACUUGAACCCAAGGCUAGAGGAAACCAGAUGGGAGGUUUGUCAGAAGGUAGGCGAGAUUGCCCUCUUGAAACAGCAGCUCCGAGAUUCUCAGGCCGAAGUGGCGCAGAAACUGAGCGAGAUCUUCAACCUCAAAACCCAGUUCCGAGAAGUCCGGCUGGAGCUGAGUGCCAAAGACGAGCACAUCUCACUGCUGAAGGGUGCCGUACAGUCGCGCUCGGUGGUGUUGGCCAGGAGAACCAGCAACCUGCACCAACAAGAGGAAGCCAUCCUAAUCCAAGAAACUGCUCUGAGGAAAGACGGUACGCCUGAAACCAUGAGAGUUUUCCUUUGUGGUGAAACGGAUGAUCUGAAGUUUAGAGGCCUUCAGGAAGAGAACACUCAAAACCUCGUCCUUCAGGUGGAACAACUCAAAGCAGAACUUUUGCUGGAGCGAAGGCAGUGUGAAGCCCAGGCUACCAGUUUCCAGAUGGAGAGGAGCACCUGGCAGGAGGAGAAGGAGAAAGUUAUCAAGUAUCAGAAACAGCUGCAGUCCAGCUAUUUGGAGAUGUACCAAAGGAACCAAAUCCUCGAGCAAGAGAUUCAGGAGAUUGCAGCUAAACUGGAACUGACAAACAUGGUGGAUGUCAAACAGAAUCUGCCCUGGAUUGAGAGAAUCGAAUCCUCUGAGAUCUGAUGGCUGUGAAAAGAGAUGGAACGAGAAUUUGUGGGGUCCAUUCAGGAGAUAGAAGUUUGAAACAAAUCAAUCUUCAAAGUGCUGGAUUUCUCUUGGUGACUAACUUAACACAGGAUAAUGAUAAACCUGGGAAGUGAUAACCUUGAGUACAAUUUGCUAGAGGUUUGGGGAAUAGAAAUGAAAGGGAACCUUCAACUCUCCGUUCCAUUUGAUAUGGAUAUUUGCCUGGGUGAGAGGUUGCCACACAUGACUGAACCUGUGACCAUGGCUUACAGUAUAAGCCAAAGUUGAACUUUAAUCCGUAAAUUUAGCUUGUGAAAUGAUCCUGAGUGAGCUAUUUUUAUAUUUUGCCAAUACUCUGGAUAAUUAGUGCAUAAGAACAUAAGAACAUAAGAAUUAGGAGC